UUUUCCUAAAUGACAAAGAAGGAAGUCUCCUCCCCUAAACCGCUUAGUUUUGGAUCAUUUUUGUAGAUAUUUCCUUCCGAGAUGUUCUCUUAUCUGCAAAGUCAGAGAAGAGUAAAUUUACAAUUACUCCAGGAGUCGUCAUGCCAGCAAUUGGAACUCUUAUUGGACAAACUUGAGGGAACGAAAGCAAUAAUAUUGGAUGAUGUGCUAUUGGGACCAUUGGGUUUGGUAGCUCCACCUAGUCUGUUCUCCGAACGGGGUAUAAAAUUACUCAAGCUGGAGAAAGAAACGCGUAUGCCCAAGGACUAUGUCAACAUUAUUUACUUGGUGAGGCCACUAGUUAGCAUUAUGGAUGACAUUGCCGGACAAGUGCUCAAGAAUUCUGAUAAGAAUCGAGUAUUCCAUUUAUUCUUUGUGCCGAGACGUUCGUGUUUGUGUGAAAAACAUUUGGAACAAAAAGGAGUUUAUGGCAGCUUUGGAAUGGUGGAAGAACUUUCUUGGAAUUUCUAUCCUAUAGAAAACGAUGUAAUUUCAAUGGAAAAUCCAAUGGCAUUUAAGGAUGUGGCAAUAGAUGGUGAUCCAACUGCCCUUUAUCAAGCCGCCGUGGGUUUGGUGCAAUUGCAACGUAUCUAUGGACGCAUUCCGAAAAUCUAUGGCAAAGGUACAAUGGCUCAAGGUGUCUGGGAGAGAGCGAAAAAAUUGGGAGCCGAAGAGAAAUUGCUGUCCACCGGUGAACGAGGAACUAUAGACCAGAUAAUUUUAUUAGACCGGCAAAUUGAUCUUCUGAGUGCCUUUGCAACGCAGCUCACCUACGAGGGUUUGAUUGAUGAAUUCUAUGGAGUCAAGCAGAAUAAGUUAACGUUGCCUGCUGAGCUAUUUGCCAAAAGUAAUGAGAGAGACGGCUCACCGGCUCACAUGACAUCGGAAAAGAAAGUGAUUCUAUUAAACUCCGGCGAGACAUUGUAUCCGGAACUACGUAACAAGAAUUUCAAUGAAAUUGGUAAAAUCUUGUCGCGCAGUGCCAAGGACAUCAGUGCUGCCAUGAAUGCCAGUUCUCAGGAAAAUUCCGUACAAGAAAUGAAAAGACUAGUGGACAAAUUGCCAGCUUUACUGGCACAAAAGCAAUCGGUUGCCAAUCACACAACAAUAGCCGAGAAUAUACGCAAACAGCUGGAUGCAUUUGAAUUCACCGAUGACUUAGCGGCCGAGCAAGAGUUUAUGAUGUGUGAAGACAUCGACAAGCCCAGUGGCUAUAUUGAAGAUUUGAUGGCAAAAAAGGCAGAUCUAAAGAAGGUUCUACGUUUAAUUUGCAUCCAAUGUGCAGCGGCAUCGGGAUUUAAGGAAAAGGUACUGACAUAUUAUAAACGUGAGCUGGUCCAUGUGUACGGUAUAGAGGUCUUGUUGAAAAUCAGUAAUCUGGAAAAGGCAGGAGUUCUCUAUACACAAUCCGAAUCUCGUGCCUAUGCUGUGUUGAGAAAAACUUUAAAUUUAACUGUCGAUGAAGUUAUUGAAGUGAAUCCCAAAGACAUAAGCUAUGUUCAUAGUUUUUAUGCACCACUAAUUGCCCGCAUUGUUGAACAAUCUCUUAAGCCGCUGGGCUGGCAGUCGCUGAAGAGCCAAAUUAACAAUUUGCCGGGACCUACGUUUGAAGAUUUCCAGGCCCAAUUAAUUGGCAUUGGCGGCCGGCACUCAUCCACACCCAGCGAAGGUUCGUCAUUAAACAUUCCACGUGUAGUGUUGGUCUUCUUUGUAGGUGGUUGCACAUUUGCCGAAAUAGCAGCGUUACGUUUCCUAGCCCAAGAUGAGGACAACAAUGUUGAGUUUGUCAUAGCCACGACGAAAAUAAUUAACAAAAAUUCCUUCUUGGAAAGUUUAUUGCAAUGAGGACGAGACAAAAUGAGAACACAAAAUAUGACACCGUUGUAUUUUCCUUUUAGAUUUACAAUGAAGUAUUAAUAUAAGAUUAUUAGCCAUAGAAAUAAAGAGCGAUGUACGCAAAAAAUAUUUAUUAGAAAUAUAAAUGUAAAAUAUAUAUUUGUGAUUCUA